CCAGCAAUGGACGCGUUCUCGUGGAUCCAACGGUUCAUAUUAAAUCUCCCUCCCUUCAUCCAAUCCGUCUUCUCCGUUUCCUCCUUUAAAUUCUUCUCUCACUCUCUCUCUGUUUUUCCCUCGCUUUCGUUCUUCCCUUUCACUCCUCCAUUUGGAUCGCAUCGCAUUGUCUAAAGGUAUUAGAAGAUGGCAGAUUCUGAGGAUAUUCAGCCUCUCGUUUGUGAUAAUGGAACGGGAAUGGUCAAGGCUGGGUUUGCUGGAGAUGAUGCUCCAAGAGCUGUGUUUCCUAGUAUCGUAGGUCGUCCUCGCCACACUGGUGUGAUGGUUGGGAUGGGUCAGAAAGAUGCUUAUGUUGGUGAUGAGGCUCAAUCCAAGCGUGGUAUUUUGACACUGAAAUAUCCAAUUGAGCAUGGUAUUGUUAGUAACUGGGACGACAUGGAAAAGAUUUGGCAUCAUACUUUCUAUAAUGAGCUUCGUGUUGCACCAGAGGAACACCCAGUUCUCCUAACCGAGGCUCCUCUUAAUCCGAAGGCCAAUCGUGAGAAGAUGACACAAAUCAUGUUUGAGACAUUCAAUACUCCAGCCAUGUACGUGGCCAUUCAAGCUGUUCUUUCCUUGUAUGCAAGUGGACGUACAACUGGAAUUGUGAUGGACUCUGGUGAUGGUGUCAGUCAUACGGUUCCUAUAUACGAGGGGUAUGCCCUCCCACACGCCAUCCUUCGUCUUGAUCUGGCGGGUCGUGAUCUCACAGAUAACCUGAUGAAAAUCCUCACUGAGCGUGGGUACUCUUUCACCACAUCUGCAGAGCGGGAAAUUGUGAGAGAUAUGAAAGAAAAGCUGGCAUAUAUUGCCCUUGAUUAUGAACAGGAGAUGGAGACAUCCAAGACCAGCUCGUCUGUCGAAAAGAGCUAUGAAUUGCCUGAUGGACAGGUGAUCACCAUCGGAUCGGAGAGAUUCAGAUGUCCUGAAGUUCUUUUCCAACCUUCCAUGAUAGGAAUGGAAGCAGCAGGCAUUCAUGAGACUACAUACAACUCCAUCAUGAAGUGUGAUGUGGAUAUCAGAAAGGACCUGUAUGGCAACAUUGUCCUAUCUGGUGGUUCGACCAUGUUCACCGGCAUCGCUGAUAGAAUGAGCAAGGAAAUCUCUGCCCUCGCCCCUAGCAGCAUGAAGAUAAAGGUCGUGGCGCCGCCUGAGAGAAAGUACAGUGUCUGGAUUGGAGGAUCCAUCCUGGCAUCCCUUAGCACCUUCCAACAGAUGUGGAUUGCCAAGGCAGAGUAUGAUGAAUCUGGACCGUCGAUUGUGCACAGGAAAUGCUUCUAAAGGAAGAAUAGAAAGAUUCAUUGGUGAAGAGAUUGGAGCAAAAAAUGGUGUGUUUUCUUCUGAAAUGGAAGCGUUUUUCAGCUCCUCCCCUCUUUCACCUUAGCUUUGUUUAUUCCUUCUGUCACUCAAAUUUUGGAGCCCAUAAGAAGGCCUAAAUUUUGAUUGCUAAAAUGGUUCAAAUUCUUUCAUAUGUUUUAUAAUUAAUU